AUGGGUGUGCGGCCAGCAGCUGGUUCCUGUCUCAACGGCAGCCUUGUGUCCAUGACUCCUGGUCUGGGCCCUCUGGCAUCUAGGUCUGGCUUGCCACACCCUGCCUGGAACCUCACGGCCCUGGGGAGCAGAGUGGGAGUCUGUUUGUCAGCGUCAGGGACACAAGGACUCCUUCCCUUUCCAGCCUGGAAAGCCCCCUGCAAGGCAGCAAGGAGGAAGGGUGUGACCUGCAGCUCUUGCAGCCACCCGGGACCCUGGGCCCAGCCCACAGCCUCUAGGUUCUACACCACCUGGAGACUAUGGGCCUGGGGGGGCCUUGCUGGGGGGGCCCUGCUCUCGGUCCUCUGGCUCCUGUGGCUGCUGGGGUCAGCCCCAGGUGGUGUGCCAGAGCCCCAGCCCAUGGUCACCAUCCUCAUCUGGCAUUGGCCCUUCACCGACCAGCCCCCAGAGUUGCUGGGUGACACCUGCACCCGCUAUGGCAUGUCCCGCUGCCGCCUGAGCACUGACCGAAGUCUGCUGGCCAGUGCUGAUGCUGUGGUCUUCCACCACCGGGAGCUGGAGACCAGGAGGGCCCGCCUACCCCUGGCACAGAGGCCACGUGGGCAGCCCUGGAUCUGGGCCUCCAUGGAGUCACCCAGCAAUACCCACGGCCUCGCCCGCCUGCGUGGCAUCUUCAACUGGGUGCUGAGCUACCGGCGUGACUCGGACAUUUUUGUGCCCUAUGGGCGCCUGGAGCCCCGCUCUGGGCCUGCGCCCCCAGUGCCAGUCAAGAGCAGGAUGGCCGUCUGGGUGGUUAGCAACUUCCAGAGGCGGCAACAGCGGGUGAGGGUGUACCGCCAGCUGGCACCUCACCUUCAGGUGGAUGUGUUUGGCCGUGCCAGUGGGCGUCCACUGUGUGCUGACUGUUUGCUGCCCACCGUGGCUCCCUACCGCUUUUACCUGUCCUUGGAGAACUCACAGCACCGAGACUACAUCACUGAGAAGUUCUGGCGCAAUGCGCUGGCAGCUGGGGCCGUGCCUGUCGUGCUGGGACCCCCGAGGGCGACCUACGAAGCCUUCGUACCUCCUCAUGCCUUUGUGCAUGUGGACGACUUCGGGUCUGCCCGGGAGCUGGCCGCCUUCCUCAAUGGCAUGAACGAGAGCCGCUAUCGUGGCUUCUUUGCCUGGCGUGACAGUCUGCGCGUGCGGCUGCUGGAGGACUGGCAGGAGCGCUUCUGUGCCAUCUGUGCCCGCUACCCCUACCUGCCACGUGGCCAGGUCUAUGAGGACCUGGAAGGCUGGUUCCAGGCCUGA